AUGGCUGCUAAAUAUAAUCUGUCAAGUUUUUUUGUUGAUCACUGGAUAAAAAUGUUGGAAAAUGAAUACGGUGGGAGGAAUAAAUCUCAAAAUGCAGCCAAGAUUAUUCAAUCUACAUUUCGCAAAUACAUGCUUCAAAAAAAAUUUGUUAAACUUUGUGAAAUGAUAAAAAAAGAACCGCACUUUUCUUUCUUACCAGGAAAAAAUAUAGUCUUUUCUGAACAGUCUGAAGAUGAAGAAUUUUCAAAAUUUGAUUUGUUCAAUAAUGAUCUUAUUUUACACUCUCUUGUUCAAGAUUAUUUAGUUAAUGAAAAAAUAAAAUUAGAUCAAAUCAAUUCCAGGGAAAUUAAUAAUUUACCCGAAAAUUUUUAUGAUGUAAUCAUGUCUUACAAAAAUAUAGAGCGUAAACCAAAUUCUGAAUCUUCAGUAAGUCAUGAAACUCUUCAAAAUGAUGAAUCACAAAUUGUUGAAGACGUGAUCAAGCCAGAGUAUGUUGAUUCUCUUCAAAAAACUUCUUCGACCUCUCCGCUAUUCUUUUAUAAUUCUUUAAUUGAAGAUUCAUUUGUAAAUUCUCGAAAAAUGUUAUACAAGGUCGGAUUAAAUCUCUUCAAUAAAAAUCCGGAAAAAGGUAUUAAGUUUUUGAUAGAAAAUGGCUUUAUUGCUCAGAAACCUAGUGCAAUAGCUAAAUUUUUUCAAACGAGAAGUGGAAUUUCGAAACAGAUGAUUGGUGAAUAUUUGGGAGAUAUUAACAAAUCUUUCAACAACCAAGAUAAGAAGAACCUGAAGCAUUUUGUUGAAGGUGAAGCACAAAAAAUUGAAAAGCUUGUUGAGGUUUUUUCCUUUCAUUAUUGCAAAAGUAACGUUUGUCUGGUCAGCCAGUUCAAGAGUGCGGAUACGGUAUUUUUACUCGCAUUUGCCAUCAUAAUGCUCAACACCGAUUUACAUAAUCCAAAUAUCAAGCCAAAGAAAAAAAUGAAAAUGGAGGAAUUUGUAAAAAAUCUUGAAGGUGUUGAUGGUGGAAAUAAUAUUGACAGGAAUUUCUUAACCCACUUGUACGAAAAUAUUUUAAAUGAACAACUAAUACCUGCCGCCGAUCACACUUCACUUGUCCUGAAAAUUGAGAAACUCAUAGUCGAUAAAAAACCAGUAGAUUAUAAGUAUGGUGUAAUGCUGAAACCACGAAUUUGUGACUAUCCGAAUAUAAGUUUUAAUGCCAGGAACAAUAGUGACCAAAUGAAUUUGAUUGAAGAUCUGAGGGAAGUCAUUGGCGAGAGUAACAAAAUGGAAUCGAUAAGAAUAGACGAAGAGUUGGAGAAACAACGGCUGAGAAGAAUGAACAAGGAAUUUGUAUGUGAAGAAGACCUACUAAAUACUGUAAAAUGUGAAAAUACAAAGAAUCUUGGAUCGUUUAGACUUUCUGACAUUGAAAAUUUUAAAAUUCGAAAGCAUGUGUCUCAUUCCCUUGCAGAUAUUUACAACAAACCAAAAGAACCAUUUGAAUAA